UUUCAAUACUCACAUGUUCUGUCCUCAGCGGCUCGCAGCUUGUCGCCCAACAUGAUGACGCCCAUGCGAUACGUGGUUCUGGUGCUGGCCAUCAUUAUCAGUCUGCAUUUCAUCCUCAGCUUCUCACACGAAGAAUACGGCCGUACGACAUCCAUCUCUCACAUAGCCGGGCAGUUAAAGGGCUCCACGGAUGACGUUGAGCAUCCUUACCCUGGACACGGUAGCGCAACAUAUGACGGGCGGCGCGCGAACGCUACGUUCGUGCUGUUGGCCCGGAAUAGUGACCUGAAUGGUAUGGUGACCAGCAUGAAGCAAAUGGAGGACCGCUUCAACAAACAGUACCAGUAUCCAUAUGUAUUCCUCAACGAGGAGCCAUUCAGCGACGAGUUCAAGAGUCGUAUACUUGCCCUCACGGACGCCAAAGUCGAGUUCGGGCUCAUCCCGCGCGACGACUGGUACCAGCCCGAUUGGAUUGACGAGACGAAGGCCGAGGCGGCGCGAAAGGAAAUGAUUAAUAACAAGGUGAUCUAUGGAGGUAGCGUACCUUACCGCAACAUGUGCCGCUUCAAUUCUGGAUUCUUCUACCGUCAUGAGCUGCUUCAAAAGUAUCGCUACUACUGGCGGUUAGACCCAGAUGUCACUUUUUUCUGUGAUCUUGACUACGAUCCAUUCCUGUUGAUGGAAGAGGAGAAAAAAGUCUACGGUUUCACACUCUCGUUGUAUGAAUACCACGCCACCAUUCCCACACUCUGGGACGCGGUGAAAGAGUUCACCCAACAACACCCGGAGUACCUUCCUGAGGGCAACGCGAUGGCCUUCAUUUCCGACGAUGGCGGUGAGAGCUACAACAAUUGCCAUUUCUGGAGCAACUUCGAGAUCGCAGAUAUGGACUUCUGGCGAAGUCAGGCGUACUCCAAGUUCUUCGAGUUCCUCGACUCGAAGGGCGGGUUCUACUACGAGCGAUGGGGCGACGCACCCGUGCACAGUAUUGGCGCAGCACUUUUUGCGAAGAAGGAACAGAUCCACUUUUUCAACGAGAUCGGAUAUCGUCACAACCCCUUCCAACACUGCCCACAGGGCGAACUGCACCAGCGGGGUCACUGCUGGUGCGACCCAAAGGACAAUUUUGAUUACGAGGGGUACAGUUGCACCAAGCGCUACGACGACAUGUUCUGACCCACUGUUCGUUGUAUAUCCGUAAUCUAUUUGCUACAUUCGCUGUCAGCUGGACAAUCUGUCAUUCACUUGAUUUGGAUCAACAUAGUUGAGAGCUUGUAUCAUCCUCGAUAGGUAAAGGAAAUUGUGCAGUGACUAGGGGUGGCCAG